GCCGCAACAUCGGUCUCAUUUUCUUCACAGUCAUCUUCUUGCAGGUAACUCUAAAUCUUCAUCAUGGUUGAUGCAUUCUGUGCCACCUGGAAACUGGUCGACAGUGAAAACUUCGACGAGUACAUGAAAUCGCUUGGUGUUGGUUUUGCAACAAGGCAAGUGGGAAACGUGACCAAACCAACUGUUAUCAUCGCAAAGGAGGGGGACCAAGUUGUUAUUAAAACCCAGAGUACUUUCAAGAACACUGAAAUAUCCUUCAAACUGGGAGAGGAGUUUGAUGAAGCAACGGCAGAUGACAGAAACUGUAAAUCGACUGUGAGCUUGGAUGGAGAUAAGCUUGUGCACGUUCAGAAGUGGGAUGGCAAGGAGACCAAGUUUGUGAGAGAAAUCAAGGAUGGAAAAUUGGUCAUGACUCUCACGUUUGAAGACAUUGUGGCAGUGCGCACCUAUGAGAAGGCGUGAGCUGGGAGACAUCUCUAGUUAAAUAAUUUCUGUCUAUUUGAUUGGACGACAGCCAAGAAGUGUUUUUGUUUUUGUUUUUUACUGUAUGCUGAUCUUUGCACUUCAUCCUCCAAAUGUUUUACAACAUGGGCUGGAAAUGUUUUUUAUAAGACAUUUUUAUAUACAUUUCGUUUGCGGGAGAUCAUCAUUUUUAAACCUGUGAAACAUACUGAAAUAAAAAACAUAAACUC